GCGCCGACGUCGUCUCGGGUGCUGGGCGCGGCCUCGCUCUUCAUUGGCUGGUCUUCCGGGCCGCCCUUCUCCGCGCACUACCCCUGGGUUCCCUCCCGGGUCCGCAGUAGAAACACUGCCCUCUCCCUUCUUGACCCCUAGCCCUUUCUUCCCUCCCACCCUCCCUUCUAUUGCCUUUGCUUCAGGCGCCGCCGCUCCCGGAGGAGCUCCCGGCACAGCGAUGGGGUCUCGGGCCUCCACGUUACUGCGGGACGAAGAGCUCGAGGAGAUCAAGAAGGAGACCGGCUUUUCCCACAGUCAGAUCACUCGUCUCUACAGCCGGUUUACCAGCCUGGACAAAGGAGAGAAUGGAACUCUCAGCCGGGAAGAUUUCCAGAGGAUUCCAGAACUUGCCAUCAACCCACUGGGGGACCGGAUCAUUAAUGCCUUCUUUCCAGAGGGAGAAGACCAGGUAAACUUCCGUGGAUUCAUGAGAACUUUGGCUCAUUUCCGACCCAUUGAGGACAAUGAAAAGAGCAAAGAUGUGAAUGGACCAGAACCACUCAAUAGCCGAAGCAACAAACUACACUUUGCUUUUCGACUGUAUGAUUUGGAUAAAGAUGACAAGAUCUCCCGUGAUGAGCUGUUACAGGUGCUACGCAUGAUGGUUGGAGUGAAUAUCUCAGAUGAGCAGCUGGGCAGCAUUGCAGACAGGACCAUCCAGGAGGCUGACCAGGAUGGGGAUAGUGCUAUAUCUUUCACAGAAUUUGUUAAGGUUUUGGAGAAGGUGGAUGUAGAACAGAAAAUGAGCAUCCGAUUUCUUCACUAAAGGACAGACCAAACUGUUCCUUGCUUUCUAGUAUUUAAGAACUGGAACUUAAGAGUCCUCCUGUCCACCAACCCCACCUCCACCCCAUCAUUCCCCUUCUCCCAAAUACUACUGCUAUUGCAUGACAACCCCAAAUACGUUCUGUCUACGCAAACCUGCCUUUGGUGUAUAAACAGGGCAUUACAGAAAGGUACACCCAGUCUAUUUUCUGUUCAGUAUCCAUCCAUCAGUCCUCCAUUUAUAAAUACCAUGUUUCCCUGUUCUGCUGCUCAAUGCCACACAUUCAUCCAGUUUGAGAAAGAGAUGGAAUCAUGCCAAGAACCAGCCAGCAAAGCUCUCGCUGGAUGUAGACUGUACCAUGCUGCCUUCCCUCCAGCGAGGAUUUAGCAUGUUCCUGUUUCCUUCAUAUAUGUCCUUUGCUUCUUACUUCCCUGUCACUCAGCUUACCUUGGCUUACCUUGCUUAGUCUUUCAGCCUCCCUGCUUUUUAUUGAGCCUCAAAAUUCUGUGUGUUCUACUUGACACCCCAAACUAUGCCUGUUAAAUGUAUUUCUGACUUGGCGGGAUAGUUCGGUGGUCUGGCAGUUUUUAUCUACCUUCACUCUUAAAUGGGUCCCCAGGAUGUUACCUUUCCAGGAGCUUUUUGGUAGCCAACACUUCUCUUGGAAGAAUGUGACCCUCUCUUGGUCCUCUGUACUACUCUGUCAUCAAAGGGCUUCUAGGUGGAGAUAUCCUUCUCGGAAGCUGGCCUUGGUGAAAAGUGUAGAGCUACCUGAGCUGGGUGGCUUACCUGGGUUGCUCUACCUCUGCCCUCUGACUCUCAUCUUAUGUACCUACAUGGCUUCUCCUGAGAGUGCAGUGUUGACUGCUCAGAAAAUAGUCAUAUGCCUACAGGUCUGCUUAGCUUUGGGACACUGUCACUAUCAGAAUAACUGUUCUGACAGCAUGCUUGUGGACCUUUUCAUGACUUUUUGAACAAGAUUGCUGUUUUGAAAUCUGCCACAUUUACACUCUGAAGCAUGGUUUAUGCCUCAUUGUUAGUGCACUGGAAUGUUUUUUUCAUUUCACAUUUCCAAGUAGAGAGACUAGUGUUAUGGAAGUGCCUAACUUAUCUGAGUCCAAAAGAAUUAAAGACUGUCCUCAGUUAUCAGUUUUACACAAAAUUAUGAAUUUUACACUUGGCAAAUGUUGAUGCUGGAAGCCAUAGUCAGCCCCUAAUACAGAUCCAAAGCAUUGAAUAUAUAGUGUCAUUAGCUGCCUGAUUACAAUAUCUUCCUAGCUCCUUGUAUAGGCCACUGCUAAUCCCUUAGAAACAAGGAGUCUGGCACUGGUAAGACAAUGUAAGGUGGCAUUACAGACCUUUGAGUAAGCCAGAGCAAUGGCUCUGCCAAAGUCAGCUUCAUUAGACUUCAUUGAAUCUGGCCAUUACUGUCCUAUGUAUGUCUGUGAGUCUUCAUUUAGUUGCUGCCCUUGGCUGAUUUUUCUCUGACUCAUUGCUUGCUUGCUUGUUUCCUUGCUUCAGAAGACUAUCCAAGAUGUGUGAACAAGUCUUUAGGAAGGGACUUGCUAAAAAAUAUCACUACAAAGGAAUGGAUAAAGGUGGGGAACCAGGGGAGUGACCAGGCAGGAUGGCUUAAGUAUAAAUGAAUGAGAAAUUCUUUAUUAAGUAUCAGUUUUUGUGAUCAAGUGAUGUAAUAUAGGAAUUGUAUAAAAGGAAAAAAUUGUCUGAUACUGAUCUCUAUAGAGGUACUUCAGAGUCUCCUUGAUGUGCGUUUUUAAAAAAGUUCUUAAGAUCAUGGCUUCCCCCUCCUUUGGCUGUAUAGCGAACUUCUAAUCCACAGUUGUGCCUUAUUGUCCCAUUACAGUUGUAUUCUUCAAUCCAUCAAUAAAUACUUGUGGUUAAAACAAAA